CAGUGAAUUGUGGGAUGCUGCGGGAAGGGCGAGCUCGCGGAACGCCAUCUUUAAACCCCAACAGUGAGGCCAACCAAGUACGAUAAAAGUACUUGAACCGGGAUGAAAAACACCGUCCCUCCUCCGGCGGAUUAUUUGCACCCGCAGCGAGGUAGCGGGGCGAACCGUGCGCUCGCCCGCCACUUCGAUGAAUAACGAGGGUGCCGUGCCAUGGGAGCGGACGGACGAGAUGAGCGGACGCGGCUUUUAAGACACUUGUCCUGAUAGGUGGCCAACAACAAUAGACGACAGAAAGACAACAACAACGGACUAGCAUGCUAACGUUAGCCGCUACGUCGGUGAAAACAUCAAAUUGAGAUUAACUUGAACCGGACGCUUUACGCGGAGGCCACUGUCUUUUUUGGACUCACACGGGGAGCUCUAACGACAAACUGUGACCGCUUAACUAAAAAAUUACACACGUAUGUUUUUUGUUCAUUUUUUUUAUUAUUAUUCUUAUUUUAGCUAAUAUCUUAAGCUAGCUCCGAGCUAAAGCCCCGUCUUCUUCUCCCCCACCGCGAGCGGCCUGGCCGGAGAUGCGUGGAAGAUGUCGGUGUCGGGGCUGAAGGCCGAACUGAAGUUUUUGGAGUCCAUUUUCGACCCAAACCACGAACGAUUCCGGAUUAUCGAUUGGAAGCCCGACGAGCUGAGCUGUCAGUUUAACGUAACCGGGGAGAAACUGCUGAUUAUACACUGUAACAUAACGGAGUCCUAUCCAUCUACACCGCCUAUUUGGUUCGUGGACUCUGACGACCCUAGCUUGGCACAAGUGUUGGAGCGUCUGGAGGAUGUGAGGAAAGGCAGCACACUGCUAUUACAGCAGUUAAAGAAGCUGAUCUGUGAUCUCUGCCGGCUGUACAACCUUCCCCAGCAUCCAGAUGUGGAGAUGCUCGACCAGCCGCUGCCCGCCGGCCCUGUUGGACAGGACCGAAAGCAUGGGACAGAGGAGGUCACAUCAGAAGAGGAGGAGGAGGAAGAGAUGGGAGAGGACAUAGAGGACCUGGACCACUAUGAAAUGAAAGAGGAGGAGCCCGUUGAAGGCAAGAAGUCAGAAGAUGACGGCAUAGAGAAGGAGAAUCUGGCCGUCCUGGAGAAGAUAAGGAAGAACCAGAGGCAGGACCACUUGAACGGAGCCGUCUCUGGUUCCGUGCAAGCCUCGGACCGCCUGAUGAAGGAGCUCAGAGAGAUCUACAGGUCUCAGAGUUACAAAACCGGCAUCUACUCAGUGGAGCUGGUCAACGACAGCCUGUAUGAAUGGCAUGUCAAACUACGAACGGUGGAUCCGGACAGUCCCUUACACAGUGACUUACAAGUCUUAAAAGAAAAGGAAGGAAUGGACUACAUUUUGCUCAACUUCUCCUAUAAAGAUAAUUUCCCUUUUGAUCCUCCAUUUGUGCGGGUGGUGUCGCCUGUGCUGUCUGGAGGGUACGUUCUGGGAGGAGGUGCCCUGUGCAUGGAACUUCUCACCAAACAGGGUUGGAGCAGUGCCUAUUCAAUUGAGUCUGUCAUCAUGCAGAUCAAUGCCACUUUAGUCAAGGGAAAAGCCAGAGUGCAGUUUGGAGCCAAUAAAAACCAGUACAAUCUAGCCAGAGCACAGCAGUCCUACAAAUCGCUGGUCCAGAUUCACGAAAAGAAUGGAUGGUACACACCCCCAAAGGAGGAUGGCUAAAGAUGGUUUCCCCCCCCCCUUCCUGCUUUAGAUGUAUUUUCCUUGUGACCACCUUUUUUUUUUUUUUUGCGCAAACCGUUUUAAACGUUUUGUGAACUCCAAGCCAAAAUUCCUCAUCGAGUGACCAACCAACCAGAAACAAGCACAUACGCAAAUAUACCACCCCUCCGCUUUGGACGUCAAUCUUGCCGCCACAUAUUUAUCUCCUGAUGGAAACGGUCAACUGAAUAAUACCGCUGACUCACCCAUCACUGAGGCUCGUUUUUAAUGGGACAGUGCCAAUUUGGCUACAGACUUGGUCUUGGACCACCCCACCAUGGUGGCGCUCAAUAACGUCGCUGUGGACCUUCCACGUAUGCAGAGCCAGCUUGGAUUUGGAUGUCUCUUCAAAGCCUGAAGGCCUCAGGUGAAGAGAACAUAGACACCUAUAUUUUGUCAGCUUGAGCCUGGCGUUGAGAAUUCUACAAAAAAACAAUGAACUGGACGGGAUCGGCUCACAUUGUAAUCUAGUCAAUUUUAACGCUUCAGUGUAAAAAUGUACAUUUGUAUUUCUGUGAAAGGAUGUUUAUAAUAUAACCUCCACCCGGCCCCCCGAGACUGUGUACACCAGUGUGGGCUGCAACUAUCAACAGCAGCUUCCCUCUUGGAACGAAGAAGUUGCGACACAGAUACUCUUGCAUAAGGAAACUAAAGUAUGCUAUAUUCUUAUGUGAGGCUAAUGACUACUGCGUGUUUUUUCUUUCUUUCUAAUAUUCAUUUGUAAUCCAGGUGACAGUAGCCUCUAUUACACAGAAAGCCUGCAGAGAAUUGCCUGCAGCAGAAGAUGACAAAAAUCACGUUAAAUGCCACCAAGAGUUUUGUAUGAAAUACUUGUCGGACAGGAAUUAGACAUCAACAGGGCAGGGAAAGUGUGUGCCAGUUGGUACACUUAGCACACACUGCCCCGACAUUGCAGAAUACCUUGCCUUGCGCAGGUGACAUCCCACUUCUGUCACGGUUCCGAUACAACCUCCGAAGGCCGAAGAUCGCUUGGUUGACUUCGUUCCCACCUUUCCUUGUCGGUGACAUUUCUCCUGAAUGGCGACACGGGGAGGGGUAAAAGGGCGGCUUUUGCAGGCAGUGUAAAAGUGGUCAUUGACCCCUCUUGUUUGGGACAUGCGUCUUUACCACAGCUGUCACUGGCAUUCCAGAGGGUUUUGGCUAUUCUUUUUUGUCAUUCCUUCAACCGGAUGAACCUCAAUCAGGCUAUGCAUGGAAUCGUCAAUUAAUUGCCCCGCUUAUUUCUCGCAAGCCACGACGCCAAUCCUCUAUUCGUGGUCUUGAGGAGGUGGCGGAAAGAAGUGACCUUCCAAGUUGUCCUAGAUUUUGAAUUUGUUUUCCUCAACUCACAGCAAUAGUCUCAACUUCGCACCUCACUACUUUCAUCAUGGGAACCCCUUGCACAUCUGUGAUGUCAAGUGAUUUCUGUUCCGUGUUCAUUCCAUUGAAGCACUCCCAUCAUGGGUUUUCAGUGGUGUUACCCGCGCUGAUUUAAAGUAGGACGUAGGGAGCUUCAUCGCGAGGUUGUUUUCACACUUGGGUUUGGACCGAGACCGCCACAAACGCGAUACGUCCGAUCAGGUUGUGUCUUCGGGUGAACCGCACACCGUGUAUCCUUUUGGGACCGAACCAGAGUACCGAAUUUAAGAGUGUGAGCAAAGCCUUAAUUCUGUUAUUCCCUUAUGAAAACAAUAAAAUGCAAAACAUUGCCCGCCGGGCCUCGUGUCAUCACUAGGUGGACAUUUUGUCAAACGGCGUAGACACCUUCCGUGUUCACGUUGGCAUCCUGUGGGGGUUGGGUCCGCAAACUCAGGAAUACAUACCACAAACGUCGCUAAGAAUCUUCAAAGUCCUCAUCCUGAUCAUUGCUGUGCAUGUUAAUAUAUCCCAACUCCUCAAAGUGACUGAAAGGCCUUGUUGGGUGGAAACUUAACAUCUAUUUAUUGGCAGUGUCAGCAUGCAACAGCAUUGCUAUUUCUCAAUGGCGUCAAACUCAAUCAAAAGACAAAUGUUCAUUUCAUUCUUGACAGGUAGGCUAAUGUUUUUCUCAGCUCAAUUUCAAAGGCAACAUCAUUAACAAAGCAACAAUUACAUCUUGGCUCUUGGCAGUGAUUUCCCAGCGCACUGUGUGGGGAACCAGGUUAGAUAAAGUUAUAAGUUCCAAUCCUACAUAAAACCUUUUACCUUUCUGACGAUUGUUUCCCCGAGUCUGAUGUGCACUGAAAUCACCUCCCACUAAGUCCAACGCUGAUCCAAAGUCAGAAGUGAUGCCCGGUUCCAUUCCACGAAACUGCGAUAGUCCCCUGGCUUCUUAAGUUAUGCACUGGUUAGCAUGCUUGGCUUUCAGUUCAGAUUUUUGUUUUAUUACCCCCAUUGCAAGGGUGAAUUUGACCUUGUAAAGUAAUUUGUAAACUUGCAUCAAGUUUAUAAAUAAAGAAUUUUAUGAAAUA